CGUAAAUAAGAAUGAUAGAGAGAUCUCUAACUUUCUCAAUUUCCUGGAAUUAAUGGCUUGGAAGAUGCUUCAAUUUUUGUUUCUUACUACUCGAUUUCACUUAUCUGCUGCAUUUUUAUACGAUUUUUCUCAAUUUUCCUGGGAAAAUUCGUGGUUGCUACAAUUUUUGUACGAUUAUACUUGAAUCCAUGGUUGCUGCUUCAUUCUUAUUAUAAUAUAUAAAAAAAAAGCUUAGUAGUAAUGUGAAUGAUAGAGAUCUUUAAUUUUUUUUUGCAACGAGACAGAUCCGAGUGUACAACGAUGACAAUUACCAACGGCGAUGUCAAAUCUGAGACCUGCAACAAUGGCUUCUCUGUGAAAAAACCUUUCAGGAUCUUUGUUGGUUACGAUCCACGCGAAGAUCUUGCUUACCAAGUCUGCCGUCAUUCAAUCACCAAGAGAUCUUCAAUCCCUGUAGAGAUCAUUCCGAUUGUUCAAUCAGAUCUUCGAAAGAAAGGUUUGUAUUGGAGGGAAAGAGGUCAGUUGGAGAGCACUGAGUUCUCUUUCUCUCGUUUCUUGACUCCUCAUUUGUCCGAUUACGAUGGUUGGGCUAUGUUCGUCGAUUGCGAUUUCCUCUACCUUGCUGAUAUCAAGCAACUUACUGAUUUGAUCGAUGAUAAAUACGCCAUCAUGUGUGUUCAACAUGAUUACGCUCCUAAAGAGACUACUAAGAUGGAUGGUGCGGUUCAGACCGUGUACCCGAGGAAGAACUGGUCUUCUAUGGUGCUUUACAACUGUGGUCAUCCUAAGAACAAGACCUUGAACCCUGAGACUGUCAACACUCAGACUGGUGCUUUCCUCCAUAGGUUCCAGUGGCUUGAGGAUGAAGAGAUUGGCUCUAUCCCGUUUGUGUGGAACUUCCUUGAGGGUCACAAUAGGGUUGUUGAGAAAGAUCCAACUACGCAGCCUAAGGCGGUGCAUUAUACUCGAGGAGGGCCUUGGUUUGAUGCUUGGAAGGAUUGCGAGUUUGCGGAUCUCUGGUACAAUGAGAUGGAAGACUACAGCAAAGAGAACAAGAAAGAAGCUGACAAGGCGAAUUAGAAAGAAGAAGAGGUAUGUUGUUUCUUACCACCAACACGAGUAUUGCACUUCCUUAAAGAUUUCCUUACAUGUUUUAUAUAUAAGCUUGGCUCUGUAGAGCCACGGAUCAUUAGUCUUGUGGAGGGCUGUGGAGUUUUAUUUCAUUGAAUUCGUUAAAUCAUUCGCAACACUACCAGUAUUAAGAUCAUAUAUGGCCCUAUUCGUUUGUUUCUUGUGGUUGUACCUUUAAUUAAAGGUAGUUUAUUUGUAAAAUUGCUCUCAAAUUAAGCAACUUAUUUGAUAUGUGACUAAGUGACUUUAUGAAGAAGUUCUUUUCA